GUAAAAUCAUAAAGAUAUCAGCUCGCAUCAAAACUGAGGUUACGAGCGGGUUAUUCUAAAUAUUUAUUAAAUAUUUAUGUAAUGAAAGAGAGAGAUUAAGCUGAUUCUACAAUGAGUAGUCGGAAAUUAUAUAAGUUUUAAUAAUCAGCCUUAAUUUAAAUAGGUGAUUGAUUUUUCGCAUCUAUACAGCUACGGUCGAUUUGGUUUCUAGUUUUAAGAAUAAAAAAAAGAUUAAGAAAUCAGUAUUAUGGAUAAUACAACAGAAAAUGCAAAAGAUUUGGAUGAUGAAUGUCCGACAAAACAAGCUAAAAAUAUGUCUUUUCAGACUGCUUUUAGCAACUUGAAGAAAUCUGAGUUUUUCACAGAUUUGCCAGCUUCUAAGCCUGAAACUUCCACGGCAAUAUCUUCAAGUAAAACCAGCACUGUCCUUGUCAGUCCAAAGCAAAAAGGCAAUCCGUUACUAAAGUUUAUAACAAAUGUAUUAUGGGAAUAUUCCGACAUUGUGCCAGAUUAUGUAAUGGGAAAAACUACAUGUGCUCUUUUCUUAUCAAUUCGUUAUCACCAACUAAAUCCUGAUUAUAUUCAUGAAAGACUUAAGUUAUUGGGCAAUGCGUAUAACUUACGAGUGCUUUUAGUACAGAUUGAUGUCCCCGAGCCUCAUCAUGCUUUGAAACAUUUAACAAGGAUUUCCAUUUUGGCAGACUUGACAAUAAUGUUAGCAUGGAAUGCAGAGGAUGCAGGAAAAAUUAUCGAAACUUAUAAAAUAUAUGAAAACAAACCCCCUGAUAAUAUCAUGGAACGCAGCGAAACAGCGCCUUAUCAAAAAUUGGUUAAUGCCUUAACGACAGUAAGAUCUGUCAACAAAACUGAUGCAACAACUCUUCUAACAACUUUUGGCACAUUAGCUAACAUUGUAAGAGCACAACCCAACACUUUAACUUUAUGUCCUGGAUUUGGUCUACAUAAAGCUCAAAAACUUCAUAAGGUUUUACAUGAAUCUUUUCUAUGCACACCAAAAUUUUCUACAAAAGAAUAAAAUUUGUUGCAGUACAUGUA